AAUGAACGGUAUAUUGAUGCUUAUUUCAUUUAUUGCUUUUGUAACUGGCGCCAGUUUGCCGGUCGUUGGGUUUUGAUCAAGUUUUAUAAUUUUCGCGCCGCUUUUACACAGUGAAUUUAAGUUGUAUUAUAAAAAAAAAAAGAAAAUAUAAAGAAGUAGCGCAUAUAAAUACUUCAAAUAGUAUAUUUUUUAAUUAGUUUCAUAUGCGUAAAAGUUGGUGCAAAACGAAAAGCGCAAUAACGGCAUUUGGUUUACAUUACAUUGCAAUUAUUGGAAUUUGUCAUGUUUCGCAGCAGUACCAGCAGCCUGGAAGGCAAUACACCAAUUGACAAUUUUGCAGCUUUCAAUGGACUGGGCGGCUUAAACAUGUUCCUGGACACGAGCACACAGCAGAGCAUGUCGCCAUCGCCACCUGUGUCCUCGUCGGCAACACUGAGUCCACCUGCCACGCCAUUGACGCCGGAACCCGCAAUGUCAUCGACUCAGUUCCCCCUGCUGACGGACAACAACAGCGCGGGCAUGAGUCCAAGUACUCUGCUGCUGCAGCGGCAGUAUCAAUACCAUCUGCUGCUGCAGCAGCAGCAACAACAACUGGCACUGGCUCAGCAUCAGUUGGCGCUGGCUGCCUCGGCAGCUGCUGCAAAUCAUCACCAAAAGGAUGAGAUAGCGCACUCUCUCAAAAUGUUUGCGCUUCUCACUGCCUGCAAUGCAGACAAUGGCAACGGAUCUACACAGGAUGCGAUGCAGGAGUUUGCAGCCAAUGGUUUUGUCACUGAUGACUUAAAUCGUUUUCAGUACACUAAUCCAGGUUCCGUGACUCCACCAUCGUCGCAAUUGCCACCACAGUUUCCCAUGUGCCCGGGUACUGCCAUGGCAGCUACAGUUGGCAAUAUACCACAUUCCCUGGCUGCUGCCCAUUGGAUCAGUCUCAACAACUAUCGGGAGCAAUUGAACAAUGUGUGGCGUAGUAUGUCCAUGCCGUAUUUACCCAACAUGGCUAACAACGCGGCACUUGGAAUGCCAGCAGGCAACAGCCAGAAGAAUCUCAAUUCAAUGGGUCAAACUGUGCCGCCAGAUCACAUGAGAAAUGUUAACAAUUCCAAUUCCAACAUUGCCAACAACAAACUAAACAAGCGCCUUGUUAAUGGAAAGACCAAGGAAACGGUCCCACGUCACUGUGUUUUCUGUGAAAACAAUAACGAACCCGAAGCUUUGGUUAACAGCCAUUCGGUACGCGAUUCAUACGGACGUGUGCUGUGCCCCAAGCUGCGGACCUAUGUGUGCCCCAUUUGUGGAGCAUCGGGCGACUCGGCACACACCAUUAAGUACUGCCCUAAGAAACCCAUCGUUACAAUGGAGGAUGCCGUUAAGGCUGAGUCCUACCGACUGGCUAAAAGCAAUUACUACAAACAGCAAAUGAAAGUAUAAAACGUUGGAGAAACUCUGGCAGCUUCUCGAACAUACAAACAUAUACAUACUUAAUAUGUAUAUCCGCGGUCUACUUAAGAACGAUCACAUAUCGUCUUCAAAAAUAUCGCGCCUGGCGCGUUCGAUUAUAUAUGAUAUAUACAAUUUUAUUCUAUUUUUUAAACUUCGAUCAGUUAGCUUUAUAAUUGCUAGCUAAUCACACGUUCAAACUUCAAUUCAAAAUGUCAUUUCAUUAAUUCAAUAACUAGAAAAUACUCACAAUAUCGUAAUAUUUGUUAAAUCGUAAUACUGGCUUAUUGUUUUGUGCCAGCAUUUUUGUUACCGUUUACGAUUCUUUGCGGCCAAAUAAUUUGCAAUAUUGGUCUGAUCAAUAAUCAUCUACUAAUUUUGGAAUGAAUCAAUUUUGAAUUUCAAACUGCCAAUGGUGAUAAAGUUUAAUUUGAAUAUCUGCUAAGGAAAAAACAAUGAAUAUUUUCGUUGGCAACGAUUUCACAGUACAAGUUUUUAAAAUUUUGACAUACAAAGUUGAUUAACAACACAAUUUUUAAUAAAUGUUCUUAUUUUUUGUUAAACAUGUAUCAACGCUAAAUACCAAUAUAUAUAUCUAUUUUAUAUAUUUAUUAAAUCAUCUUAUCAUCAAAACGUACAAAUCAUAAGCUCAUCAUGUAUGUAAUAUGUAUACAUAUAUAGUAUAUUAUAUUUUUUUAUUCAAAUGCCAAAAGAAGAAUAUUACAAAUGUUCAUUAUAAUUGUAAGCCCAAUUAAGUUGAAUUUGAAAUUACCUG